AUGUCUGCACUGUUGUGGAAACAGUUUGUUAUAUUGAUAUGGAAGUCGUGUAUCAUUCGCCGUCGGCAUUGGUUGUCAGCUAUAUUUGAGUUGUUGACACCCAUAGCCCUGUCUCUGGCCAUCGCAUAUCUGUACUAUAAGGGACAGACAUUAGCACAAGAGAAUUCAAAACCCAUUGCAAAUGAUAAGACAACGUUGAAGCCGACCGAACAGGAUGUGGAAGCGAGUCAUUCAGCUGAGAAUCGAUGGGUUGAUCCAACAUAUUAUGAUAAGCCAACCAUUAAGGAAAAGUUUGAUUCGUAUACGGCAUACCUUAAAAUCUUUUAUUGUCCGGACAAUGAUGUGGCCAAAGCACUUACCGGUCAAUUGAGUGCAUUUGGAUUGAAAGUCAAAGGUUUUGAAAGCGAAACGGAACUGAAAAACAAAUUGGAAGCAAUGCUCACGGAUGACAAAGAAAAGGAUGGUUUCCGAUGGAAUUUUGGACUCAUCUUAGACACCGACGGUAUAAGCAAAGGUCGUCUCAAUUAUACGAUCCGACAGUUCGGCAGAAUGGCUGAAGAUGUGCAUCGAUUGUUUCCCGAAAAGUACAAACCGGGUCCGAUUGAGAUGAAAGAGAUUCAAAUUUACACAUAUUUUGGUGAAUUACAGAUAUUAGUCAAUCAGGCAUUUGUUAACCUAAAGCUUAACAACACUAGUAAUGGCACAGCGGAUAACACGACCUCAAUAUUGAAUAUCAAAGAAGUCGAAACAUAUUUAUAUCCAUAUCCUAAGUACAAGAAAAUCUCGACCAACGAAGAUAUUAAAUUUUCGAUGCAAGAAGUGGUUGCCGGCAUCAUUGUCAUCGGCUAUGUUGUGUUAUGUCCAUUGAUUGUUAAACGUAUUACCGAUGAGAAGGCUGCCAAAGCCAAAGAGAUGCUUCGUAUGAUUGGAAUGUCUGAUUGGGUCUUCUGGAGCUCACAUUUUGUCUCAUUCUUUAUCGUAAUGGUGUUUCACUCAAUUCAUUACUUUUUUUCUUAUACUUAUCAUUUAUAG